CGCCUCCUUAUCCACUUCGCGAUUGAUUGCACGGCAGCUCCUGUUGCUAUCAUCGCGAGCAGGGUUGUUUAUUGUUUAUUCCACACGGCAGCUGGAAAUAUUAUUUGAGCUUUAGUGUGAGAAGGGAACAGGCGCAAGAUCGGCCAUGGCCUCCAACCUCCCAAUUCCAAUACCUCCACGCACGCCGACUCCUCCCGCAGACAACCCUCCCGCCUUUUCCUGUCGGCUCAGAUCCUGCCGGUGGAGGUCUGCUCAGUCCGACGAAAUUGUCUUUCAGUCCGGGUGCGGGUGCGGCCUCCCCGGGGAGGAGCGGGUUUGGUGAUGAUGGAGCGGCUGGUCCAUUCAACUUCCAGACGACGGUGAUGGCCAAGGGCCCAGUCGUGAAAUCGAACAUUGGGCAACGACGUGGCCAUAAGUACAAGCAUAGUAGUGUUUCGCAUCAGAUCUUUCUCGAGCCCCCUCCACGCGCGCCUCUGGCCCUCCCGAAUUCCCUACCGAUACCGACUCUGAGGGAGUGCCAAGCGAGCAUGUCGAGGGAUCAAAAGACGCGGUUUUGGUGGAGUAUUUGUCAUAUCUUCGUGGCUGCAUACACUCUAUGGAGUGCUCACGGGUCUCUGGCCAUCACGGCUUUAUCUCACCUGAUACUCUUUGACUCGUUGGGCGCGUUGCUUUGCGUGGUGGUGGAUGUACUUGGUAACUUUGAGGUGUGGAAGCGGUCCAGUAUUCGGCAUCCGUUUGGGUUGGAGCGCGCAGAGGUUCUCGCCGGGUUUGCCAUGUGUGUGCUGUUGCUGUUCAUGGGGCUGGACCUCAUCUCCCAUAAUCUGCAACAUAUGCUAGAGUCUGCGGGACACGAGCCUCACCGCACUCAUCAUCACGAACGAGUGUCUGUGGGUAGUGUCGACGUGACGGCCGUUCUUGCCGUGGGAUCGACUCUGGUGUCUGCGAUUGGACUCAAGAACCACGCACGUAUUGGGAAGGCUAUGCGGUUUGCGUAUAUCGAAUCUUUGCCGUCGGUACUGAGCAACCCGUCUCACUUCCUCACUCUUUCGUGUUCGACCCUCUUGCUUCUGCUUCCUCUAGUGUCGAUCCAGCUUUAUGACUGGCUGGACAAGUUGCUGUCAGGCACCAUUGCGAUUUCGAUGUGCGUGCUAGGUGUGCGUCUGGUCAAGACCUUAGGGUCGAUGCUCCUGAUGUCCUAUUCUGGUCCUGGCGUAUCCGAGGUCAUCAGGGAUAUUGAAGCUGACCCGGCUGUUUUCGGUGUCGACGAUGCACGGUUCUGGCAGGUCCACUACGGACUGUACAUGGCGAACUUAAAGCUGCGAGUAUCCGGUUCAGAGGAACACCUUGUUCGACUCAGAGAGAGAAUAUCCAGUUUGAUUCGUAACCGCCUGGGUGGGGGUUAUGGCAGUGGCAGCCAAAAAUGGGAAGUCUCACUACAACUUGCAUGUGAGUGAACUAAAGGAUCGUCUUACUGGCUGUUAAUAUAAAAAUGUAUAUAAUUAGAAUCAUAUUUAUCUAAAUAUGAGGCAUCCUGGUGUAAAACCUAUAA